UUUGUUAGGCGUGUUGUUCCUAUUGUACAACAUACCUUUAAACAUAGAUAAAGGAGGAGUUGUCAUGUUACUGAGUAUAACAUUACAUCCCAUUUGGGUUGUCUUUUGGGUUCCACUGAGUCGGCUAACAGAGGCACAAGUAGCUUUGUAAUUUUUUGGAACUUUUGAGUUUCCCUGGGAAAGAAGGUUUAGUUAUCGUAUAAAAUGAAUGUGAUACCAAAGAAUUAUGACACAAGCUCAUUUGACGGGAAGUCAAAGACAGUUGUUCUGCCUGCCGGAGUGCCAAGUUUACCUCGAAAACAGGAAGAGACUCCCACUGAACCAGCGCUUCCAAAACCGGAGCCAUCUGCCGCACAAAGAGCUCUUAUCGAACUUCGUUCACUCCAUGGUCACAGACACGCUUUAAAACUGUAUGAUUUGAAGCGUGUUGCGACUGGUGGCGAUAGCAACGUCACAGACGGGAAUAAGCAUUCCACGAGAGGACGCCGAACGUAUAAACCAGGUUCAAACCCUUCUUUGAUGAAAGAAAUCACAAAUUCUAGGAAUCUAUAUCACAAUGAUACCGUUAAACAUCUUAUGCACCAACUUUCGGAAUUGAACAAUAUAACGUAUGGUAGAAUAGAAAAGGGAAACCUAGAAAACGAAUCUUUCUGUUCUGAAAUGACAUUGCAAACGAGAAGUGAAAACAAUUUAUCUGAAAAAGAAUCCUUGACGCAACAAAGUAUGACAAACUCGAAAUCACGUGGUGGUGCCGGCAGUCAAAAAUCACACAAUGUAAUGAAAUUAAUUGAGAGACAAAUAUUGCGUGAUUUGACGCACCAUAUUUCACGUUCUGCUACCAAGCCAUACAAAAACAAGCAAACUGACGGACAGCCCAACACGAAAACACAUUCGGACGAACUUCCUGGCGAAAUGAAAGUUGUCAUCAAAAAGACAACAAGGAGUAAUGAUCAAAAAGUUACCCGUAAACAAGAAAUAACUUUGCCGUCUCUCACAAAGUCAGAUCCACAAGAUUCGCACAAAAGAAAAACAGAAAAAUUUGAAUGGUCUCUAGAUAUGUCAAGGGUAACAAAUAAACCCUUACCCGAAUUGAGUGGGGUGUCAAUAAGAGGACGAACAGCCCCGGAAGUUCUGGAGGCGACUAACUCUGCUCCGACUGGAACUCCGAGUAGACGGAAGAAAGCACACAAUACACAAUAUGGAGAUAGGACACAAUCAAGUUUGCCGAAAAUACAAGAGGAGCCUGAUGUACAAUUAAAAGAUCGAGACGAGGAUCCUCCUACAACUCGUGAUGUUGGCACCAACUGUUCUCCACCGGUUGGCAAAGAACCUACUCCGACUUACGAAUCUCCUGACAAUAAGGUCAAGCUACCAAUUCUUGGGAAAAGUAUUGGGCAACAUAGAGAACUCAACUAUGAGGGAGGGUCUAAAUUUUCAAAACCGUCACUGCAUGAAAUCAAGCGGAUAAUUCACGGCUUGUAUGGAGAUUAUUUUGACUCGACAUUAGAGCGAUAUUACACUUACGAAAAACAGCUUAACGAAACUCGAGGGCCUACCAAUGAAGCGGACGUUCAUUAUCUCACACCGGCCUGGGAUGAUUCAAACGAGCCAGCCGCCUCACAUACCCUCCAACUAUUCAAGUCAGCAAGCAAGCGUUCAGAAGAUGCACAGUAUAAACAUCUUAAUCAAACGAUGUCCGUUCCAAUAAUCAGGUCGAAGUAUGGAAAAGCAAUCGCAUCUUCGAAUAAGGUCGUCCACAAACAACUGGAGAGACGCAACAGGAUGGUGCAAGCAUCAGAAAGAGUUAGCUAUUCACAGCCGGUGAUCUCAAGCGAAGCCUCCCGUCAUCGAGAAGUAGAAUCUGGGGCUUAUACAGCUUUCGUGAAAGAUCGCCUGACACAACACAGCGUCACGCCGAAUACUCCAAAUGAGAAAGUUUUGCGUAAUUACAUUGCCCAUCAGGUGGCGCUAUAUCAUGAACAAGUUGCCAGAGAAAAUCAAAGUUUAAACGAAAACUUUGACGCUCACAACAAGAAUGACAAUGACGCACGAUACGUAACGGAAGAUCGUAAAACGUCAUCUUUGACGCAAUUUACGGAAGAUAUUGAUCGAUACGCACAAUAUUUAGAAGCAUACUUGGAAGCAAAAAGAAAGCAUUCACAAGAAAGAAAGGCUAAACUUCAAGAAUUAAAAGAACGUCAACGUGAAAAGAAAUAUCAAAAGAAUAAACAUCUUGAAGUUGUCGAACAAAGGGAUGCUUUCCUUGCACAGGUUGCAUUGGAAAACCUUCCUCGUGUACCUAAACCUUCUGCAAACGCCGACAGAGAGUCUUUGAAUAAUGUCAGUUUUUCAUACGCACAUGAAGACCACCGGUACAAUCAAACCCCUGUUGUUGAAAUGAAUAGCGGUAUCAACAACGAAAAAAUAUUGGAUGCAAAAGGCGAUAAACAAGCUAUGGGAACGAAAAUUUAUCGUAUUUUUGGCGAAAGGAAGAAUUCAGCUUCAACUAUUCACCGAUGGGUGGCACAGGCGCCAGUUCCAUAUACAUCACGAGCGAUCAGGCGUCAGGUGCCACGAAGUUCCAAAGACGCCACAAAAUCUUUGAAUCUGCCUCAACAUGUACCACGACACAUGCGCCAGAGAAAUCCAAGGCCUAAACUCAUGACAGACUUGGUGUCAAGAUUUCAGGUUGCCACAAGAUAUAAGCUGGAUCGAGACUAUGUCGCAUCAUUGGCUUCUGGAACCACAUAAUCCUCUUUGACAUAAUUUGGUGGAAUAUACAUUUUUACUAUGGUUUUAUCUCAAUAUCGUAUUUAUUAGACUUAGUUAAUUGGGAAUUUCUGAAGGAAGGGUAACACCAACCUUGAUUUGACCCUGAAAAAAUACGUUCAUAUACAGAACACCGGAAAAUACCGGUUCAUUCCAGAUUGAAGCAGUUCUUGUCGAGUCGGCGACAAAAAUUUUUGAGAAUUUAUGUCCACCGAUUUCCGUUUACCGUACCUGCCAUUCACUGUGCCAAGUGCCUAACACUGUUAUUAUUGCCACAUCCUUUCACCUGUAUCUUCUUUGGACUAUGUAUGAAUAACCAUGAUCCAAGAUAAAUUCAUAAGACUAAAGAUUUUAAUUUUUUGUGAUAUAUUAAUCUUCAAGCCAUGACUUACUUUUUUGUAAAAUAUAUU